CUCACGGACACAGCAGCGCCUGUCCUCCGCCGCUGCUAUAAGUCAGAAUUCACGCCAAAAGCGGCAAAAUUCUCCAAAACAUUGCGAAGAUGACUACUACUUUUCAUCUCUCGCUUCUUUUCCUUCACUCGCUUCUCGCGACGGUCCAGACCUCCGCACCGCCGUCGUCCGCCGCGAAGCCUUCGGUCGCCGGGCUCUCGGUAGGGGGUUACUUCUUCUCGCCGACGGUGAAGCCUCCGGGGUCCACCAACACUCUGUUCCUGGGCGGCGCAGGGGCGAGGGGCUUGGAGAUUCAGGGCAAGUUCGUGAACGUAACGGCCAUCGGAGUGUACCUGGAAGACAAAGCCGUGCCGUCACUUGCCGUUAAGUGGAAGGGCAAGAGUGCGGCGGAGUUGACGGAGUCUGUUGACUUUUUCCGGGAUAUCGUCACAGGUCCGUACGAGAAAUUUACGAGAGUGACGACGAUAUUGGGAUUAACCGGUCGUCAGUACUCGGAGAAGGUGGCGGAGAAUUGCGUGGCCUUGUGGAAAUCAGCGGGAGCAUAUACAGUGGCAGAGGCCAAAGCUCUGGCAGCCUUCAUGGAGGUGUUCAAGGACCUCAACUUCCCACCUGCUUCCUCCAUCCUUUUCACACAUUCCCCUCUUGGAUCCUUAACCAUAAGCUUCUCCAAGAUGAACGGGACAAUACCCAAAGAGGGAAACGCAGUGUUAGAGAACAAGGCACUAUCAGAAGCAAUAUUGGAGUCCAUCAUCGGAAAGAAUGGGGUUUCUCCCGGAGCCAAGCUGAGUUUGGCUGCCAGAUUAUCCAACCUUCUCUCCAAUUAAUUAAUUAUGAUGGAGCAGAAUGAAUAUUGUGAAGGCAUCCGGU